UGUCAGCCAGCGACGCGGGAGUCGUGCGUAAACACACCGGUGCGACUGGAACUCCGCGAAGAGGGACACAAGUUGGGACGCAUGAACUGCUAAUCACUCGUUACCGGCGCUGCGCUUCGGGUAACAUGCCUGCCAUCAAAAAGGAGAGACUGGAUGGAGAAGCCAUGGCAUUAGCCGCCUUCAACCAACCCGAAUACCUGGCCCCUUUAAAUGCCACCGCUAUCCCCGUGGUGACCCCUCAUCCGCCGCCGUACGAUCACAUUUUCGCCCAUCACCAGCGCGCGUACUUGGGCUUUCGCGACGCCGCGCUGCAUCAGCAGCACCUUCACCACCACUCGGACAACUUCAUGCUGGAGAGCUUCUCGUCUAUCCCGGACUUUCAGCCGUUUUUUGACAACGGGGAGCCUUGUAUUGAAGUGGAAUGCGGGGAAAACAAAGCACUACUGUACAUUAACAAACUGUGCCAGGGCAGCAAAGGGCCCUCCAUCAAAUACCGGGCUGAGUGGCUCACCCCAAACGAGUUCCAGUUCGUGAGUGGAAGAGAGACAGCCAAAGACUGGAAACGGAGCAUUAGGCACAAAGGGAAAAGUCUGAAGACACUUAUGUCCAAAGGAAUCUUACAAGUACAUCCUCCAAUCUGUGACUGCCCUGGCUGCAGAAUUUCAUCUCCUGUGAACCGUGGGCGACUGGCAGAGAAACGCACCAUCCCCUUGCCGCCAACACGGGUGCCCAAAAAGGAGUUGGCCUCCGUUUUCAGCAGUGACGACAGUGAGGGCAGCGAGCGGGCCAGCGGAGAUCAUGAAGACAUCAAACAGGAAGAGCUGCAUUACACUAUCAUGAGAAAAAGUCGUGACAGUGACCUCUCAGCGAUCAUCUCCAGCCUGCACCACACCCGACAGCACGGCAUGCCCGAGGGCCAGCCCUGCUCCGACCUCAGCCUCGCCUCCGCACACUCAGAUGACAUUCUAGGCAAGAGGAGAGCCUACUCCCCCAACAGCAGCAGCGAGUGCCCAUCUGACAGCAAGAAGUCCCGCAGCGUGUCACCUAAAGAGAACUCUCACACACCUGCGCUGGAGCCGGGCAGUCACAUGACCCCCGAGGAGCACUACAGGCGCAUGAUGUCAGCUCUGAACGAGCAUGGCUCUUUUGAGGAGCAGCAGCAGCGCCUGUACCAGCUGGCGAACAACAUGGGCGUCCCAAGCCAUGAGCUGCUGCGUGUGCGUCAGGAAGCCAUGGCUGCCGUUAGAAACCCGGGAGGAAUGGAAGCUCACGUCCCCACUGCAGGCAGCUCCUCCAGCCAGCGGCGCAAGCAGGGCCUUCCCCAACACAGAGACACACACUUCCCUGAGCGAGACAUAUCGCACCCUCCUCCAUUGCUGUCCCCGCAGAAUGCUCCUCACAUUGCUCUGGGGCCUCACCUGCGUCCCCCGUUCCUGGGCAUGCCUUCUGCCCUCUGCCAAGCCCCAGGUUAUGGUUUCCUGCAGCCUGCUCAGGCAGAGAUGUUCGCCCGUCAACAGGAGAUUCUUCGUAAACAGAACCUUGCUAGGUUGGAAAUGUCUGCUGAACUGUUGAGACAGAAGGAGUUAGAGAACCUCCACAGGCAGCGAUUGCUGGCGGACCAGCUGGCCCUGCAUCCUGGGCUCCCUGCAGAACACCCUGCCUUGCGGAGCCUGCAAGAAAUCCCAGAGGGCCACCCACUCCGUGAGGAGCUCAAUCGCCGCAACGCCAUGCUGGUUUUGCGGCACAACAACACCCCAUUACUCUCCCUCAACCACCAGGGGGCAGCAGCAGGAACUUCCUCUAAAGACCAUAGCAACAGGAAGAGCUUGAGGAAAGGAGGACCACUCAGAGUGGACCAACAUGGGGGUUCAUCUGAAACUAAAGAGAUGCUUGGGGAGGGCUGUGCACGGGAUGGAGAAAUAGAGGGACAGGAUGAAGACAUGAAAGACUUUGAGAAUGAUGCAGAGGUUGGGGAAGACAGGCCUGAGAGGCUUUCCAAAGUUGACGGACAUGGUCUCGGUUCAGGUGUGUGCCAAGGCAAGGAUGUAACUAAGACUAGUGAAGCGGUGAAAGAGCUGGGGGAGGGGUCGGGGAGGCUCAGUGCUCCUUGUAGCUCCACUGGCCAAGAGUCACCAACCCACCACCUCUUCACAUCAGGACUGAGCAAGAGUGAGGCCAAAUACCUGCCACCAGGAAUCCCACCCUUACCCACCUUGCCUGGACAAGCUCUGCCCUUCACCUUUCCAUACACCAGCCCUUACUUUCACACCGGCGCCAUGGGAGGUCUUUUCGUGGACGGAGAAGAGGCGGGAGCAGCCGAGGAUAUCAGCAAGUGGAGUGUGGAGGAGGUGUGCAGCUUCAUCAGCAGCCUAGUAGGCUGUGGGGAGUAUACACAGGUCUUCAGAGAGCAGGUCAUCGACGGCGAGACUCUGCCACUGCUGACGGAAGACCACCUGCUCAACAACAUGGGAUUGAAACUAGGGCCUGCCCUCAAGAUCCGCUCUCAGGUAAAAAAAUGACCUGCUGUACCAGGGGUGUCCAAUCCUGCUCCUGGAGCGCCAUUGUCCUGCAGCUUUU